CAACAGAGUUUCAGUAUUUUACCACGGAAUUUAUCAGUGAUACAGGGCCAAUCAGCUGAGUUAAAAUGUUCUGUGUCAAAUAGAAGAGGGUCUAUACAAUGGACAAAAGAUGGGUUUGCCUUAGGUUAUGACCGAGACAUCCCUGGAUUUAGACGGUACUCUAUUAUUGGUAAUAAUGAAAGAGAUUUUAAUUUAUUAAUAACUAAUACUAUGAUAAUUGAUGAUGCUGAAUAUCAGUGUCAGGUUGGUCCAGCUCAAAGCAACCCUCCUAUAUCACAUGGUGCUUAUCUUACUAUAUUAGGUAAGUUUUUUUUACCAUUUGUUUUAUAG